UGUUGCCAUGGAGAUGGUGGCCCCGCCCCUGAUGCAGCAUCGGCCCCCCCAUUGGCUGCAGUGGUGACUGGGGCUGAGGGGGGAGUCCAGGCCUGGGCAGCCAUUCUGGAGCUGGAGCCGGAGCCUGGCAUCCCCCACUUCCAUUCUCCUUCAUCCUCUUAGCCCCCCCAAAUCCCUAGCAGAGAUCUUCAGCUCCCUUCUUCUAGGCUUCCAUUCCUCCAGACUCUUGGCAGGCUGAGCUUCAUCCGCAUUCACCUCCCCUCCUCCUCCUCACCAGCUUUUACUUGGGAGUCCCCAGAACCCCACUGCCCAUCCUCCCCACUCCCCUGCAGCCUUUUCUUCUCCUUUUCGACCCUUCACUAGCACCGCAGUGCACGUGGAACCGGCUCCUUCGCCCCCACUCCCGUCUGCCCCUUCCUCGGAUUUUCUGUCCCCCUCUACUCAGCACAGGUCUCCUCUGAGACCCCCCCCUCCAGUCCUGGGAGGGGUCAUGGGAGGCCGCCCCGGACCUCCAGACAGACAGGAGCUCUGGGAGGUGUGGGGCAGGUGGAGGAUGUGCCCAGCUGAGAAACGAGCAAAACCCACCCAUGGGCAAUGACCUUUAGCCAUCUCGCCCCGCCAAGCAAGCCCCUUCUCCUGGGUGGGGAACGGGGGACCAAGCCUCCCUGGGUCGUGGCUAUUCUCCAUUACGGAGGGUUUACUGACCUCCCUCCUGACUAUGCCCCUCUGCUGACCGCCAGCCCCAGUCAUGGGCUUAAGGCCUCCCACCCCGACCCCAUCAGGGGGCUCCGGCUCAGGUUCCUUGCCCCCUCCUUCCCACCGCCAGCCUCUCCGCCGCCGCUGCUCUUCUUGCUGCUUUCCGGGGGAAUACCACUUGGGUCGCUCGAGGAGGAAGAGCGUCCCUGGGGGGAAACAGUACAGCAUGGAGGCCGCCCCCGCUGCGCCCUUCCGGCCCUCGCAAGGCUUCCUGAGCCGGAGGCUGAAAAGCUCUAUCAAACGAACAAAGUCACAACCCAAACUUGACCGAACCAGCAGCUUUCGCCAGAUCCUGCCUCGCUUCCGAAGUGCUGACCAUGACCGGGCCCGGCUGAUGCAGAGCUUUAAGGAGUCCCACUCCCAUGAAUCCUUGCUAAGUCCUAGUAGUGCUGCUGAGGCCUUGGAGCUCAACUUAGAUGAAGACUCCAUCAUCAAGCCGGUGCACAGCUCCAUCCUGGGCCAGGAGUUCUGCUUUGAGGUGACAACAUCGUCUGGAACAAAGUGUUUUGCCUGUCGGUCUGCGGCCGAAAGGGACAAAUGGAUUGAGAAUCUGCAGCGGGCUGUGAAGCCUAACAAGGACAACAGCCGCCGGGUAGAUAAUGUGCUGAAACUAUGGAUCAUAGAGGCUCGAGAGCUGCCCCCCAAGAAGCGGUAUUACUGCGAGCUGUGCCUGGAUGACAUGCUAUAUGCACGCACCACCUCCAAGCCCCGCUCAGCUUCCGGAGACACCGUCUUCUGGGGCGAGCACUUUGAGUUUAACAACCUGCCGGCUGUCCGGGCCCUGCGGCUGCACCUAUACCGUGACUCAGACAAAAAGCGGAAGAAGGACAAGGCGGGCUAUGUUGGCCUGGUGACUGUGCCGGUGGCCACCCUGGCUGGGCGCCACUUUACAGAGCAGUGGUACCCUGUGACCUUGCCAACAGGCAGUGGGGGCUCUGGGGGUAUGGGCUCGGGAGGAGGAGGGGGGUCAGGGGGUGGCUCGGGGGGCAAGGGGAAAGGAGGUUGCCCUGCCGUGAGGCUGAAAGCCCGUUACCAGACAAUGAGCAUCCUGCCCAUGGAGCUGUAUAAAGAGUUUGCAGAGUAUGUGACCAACCAUUAUCGGAUGCUGUGUGCAGUACUGGAGCCUGCCCUGAAUGUCAAGGGCAAGGAGGAGGUUGCCAGUGCACUGGUUCACAUACUGCAGAGUACAGGCAAGGCCAAGGACUUCCUUUCAGACAUGGCCAUGUCAGAGGUAGACCGGUUCAUGGAACGGGAACACCUCAUAUUCCGCGAGAACACGCUCGCCACUAAAGCCAUAGAAGAGUAUAUGAGACUGAUUGGUCAGAAAUACCUCAAGGAUGCCAUUGGGGAGUUCAUCCGUGCUCUGUACGAAUCUGAGGAGAACUGUGAAGUAGAUCCCAUCAAGUGCACGGCGUCCAGUCUGGCAGAGCACCAGGCCAACCUGCGGAUGUGCUGUGAGUUGGCCCUGUGCAAGGUGGUCAACUCCCAUUGCGUGUUCCCGAGGGAGCUGAAGGAGGUGUUUGCUUCUUGGCGGUUGCGUUGUGCAGAGCGGGGCCGGGAGGACAUUGCCGACAGGCUCAUCAGCGCCUCGCUCUUCCUGCGCUUCCUCUGCCCAGCCAUUAUGUCGCCCAGUCUGUUUGGGCUUAUGCAGGAGUACCCAGAUGAGCAGACCUCACGAACCCUCACCCUCAUCGCCAAGGUCAUCCAGAACCUGGCCAACUUUUCCAAGUUUACCUCAAAGGAGGACUUCCUAGGCUUCAUGAAUGAAUUUCUGGAGCUGGAGUGGGGUUCCAUGCAGCAGUUCUUAUACGAGAUAUCCAACCUGGACACACUGACCAACAGCAGCAGUUUUGAGGGCUACAUAGACUUGGGCCGCGAGCUCUCCACACUUCAUGCCCUGCUCUGGGAGGUGCUGCCCCAGCUCAGCAAGGAAGCCCUCCUGAAGCUGGGCCCACUGCCCCGGCUCCUCAAUGACAUCAGCACAGCCCUGAGGAACCCUAACAUCCAAAGGCAGCCGAGCCGCCAGAGUGAACGGACUCGGCCUCAGCCCGUGGUGCUGCGAGGGCCAUCUGCCGAGAUGCAGGGUUACAUGAUGCGGGACCUCAACAGCUCCAUCGACCUUCAGUCCUUCAUGGCUCGAGGCCUCAACAGCUCUAUGGACAUGGCUCGCCUCCCCUCCCCAACCAAGGAAAAGCCACCACCGCCGCCACCCGGUGGGGGUAAAGACCUGUUCUAUGUGAGCCGGCCACCUCUGGCCCGGUCAUCCCCAGCAUACUGCACAAGCAGCUCGGACAUCACAGAGCCAGAGCAGAAGAUGCUGAGUGUUAACAAGAGCGUCUCCAUGCUGGACCUUCAGGGCGAUGGGCCUGGGGGCCGCCUUAACAGUAGUAGUGUUUCCAACCUGGCAGCUGUCGGGGACCUGCUGCACUCAAGCCAGGCCUCACUGACAGCAGCCUUAGGGCUGCGGCCUGCACCUGCCGGGCGCCUCUCCCAAGGGAGUGGCUCUUCCAUCACAGCAGCUGGCAUGCGCCUCAGCCAGAUGGGUGUCACCACGGAUGGUGUCCCUGCCCAGCAACUGCGCAUUCCCCUUUCCUUCCAGAACCCUCUCUUCCACAUGGCUGCUGAUGGGCCAGGGCCCCCAGGGGGCCACGGAGGGGGCAGUGGUCAUGGUCCACCUUCCUCACAUCACCACCACCACCACCAUCACCACCAUCGAGGUGGAGAGCCCCCAGGGGACACCUUUGCCCCAUUCCAUGGCUAUAGCAAGAGCGAGGACCUCUCCUCAGGGGUCCCUAAGCCCCCUGCCGCCUCCAUCCUUCACAGCCACAGCUACAGUGAUGAGUUUGGACCCUCUGGUACUGACUUCACCCGUCGGCAGCUCUCACUUCAGGACAACCUUCAGCAUAUGCUGUCCCCUCCCCAGAUCACCAUUGGUCCCCAGAGGCCAGCUCCCUCAGGGCCCGGAGGUGGCAGUGGUGGGGGCAGUGGUGGGGGUGGCGGGGGCCAGCCGCCUCCCUUGCAGAGGGGCAAAUCUCAGCAGUUGACAGUGAGUGCUGCCCAGAAACCGCGGCCAUCCAGCGGGAACCUGCUGCAGUCUCCGGAGCCAAGUUACGGUCCUGCCCGUCCACGGCAACAGAGCCUCAGCAAAGAGGGCAGCAUUGGGGGCAGCACUGGGGGCAGCGGUGGCGGAGGGGGUGGGGGGCUCAAGCCCUCCAUCACCAAGCAGCAUUCCCAGACUCCAUCCACGCUGAACCCCACAAUGCCGGCCUCGGAACGGACUGUGGCCUGGGUCUCCAAUAUGCCUCACCUGUCGGCUGACAUCGAGAGUGCGCACAUCGAGCGGGAAGAAUAUAAACUCAAGGAGUACUCAAAGUCGAUGGAUGAGAGUCGGCUGGACAGGGUGAAGGAGUACGAGGAGGAGAUUCACUCACUGAAGGAGAGGCUACACAUGUCCAACCGGAAGCUGGAAGAGUAUGAGCGGAGGCUGCUGUCUCAGGAAGAACAGACCAGCAAGAUCCUGAUGCAGUACCAAGCCCGCCUGGAGCAGAGCGAGAAGCGCCUCAGGCAGCAGCAGGUGGAGAAGGACUCCCAGAUCAAGAGCAUCAUUGGCAGGCUGAUGCUGGUGGAGGAGGAGCUGCGUCGGGACCACCCCGCCAUGGCUGAGCCGCUGCCUGAACCCAAGAAGAGGCUGCUCGACGCUCAGGUGGAGAGGCAGCUUCCCCCCUUGGGUCCAACAAACCCGCGUGUGACGCUGGCCCCACCUUGGAACGGCCUGGCCCCCCCAGCCCCACCCCCCCCACCCCGGCUGCAGAUCACAGAGAACGGCGAGUUCCGAAACACCGCAGACCACUAGCCCACCCAGCAUCACAGACCUCCUUCCUUGUGCACCCCACCCCGGAACAUCACCAACCACCAGGACUGGACAUCACCGAGGGACAGCAGGAGUGCCUCCCUUAGUGCCUCCUCGAGGCACCCAUCCGCCACCUCUACUGCACCAUUUCUAGGAGGGAGAGUAGGACCCUGAGCUGCCCUCUUCACCCCAGGACACCACCUACCCUGCAGACCCCUUCACUCCGGGGUGCUAUCCCCACCCUCUGCCUCAUAGUUCCCCUGAGCACUGGGGGACAGACCCUCACCCCCACACUGGGGGAGAGGCACCUCCAAACUUUCAACUUCAGGGUGAUUUUUUUAGCAGUAACCAGAGCUGACAAUCUAACUCCCCUCUACCACCCCAUUUUGGCCUCCCCUGUCCCCCUUGUUAUGGGGAGGGGACCCCGGGUGAGGGGGCCCUAUUACCCCUUGAUUUCUCAGGAGCGUCUGGGGGGGCUCAGCACGCACAAACUCCUCCUCCUCUUUCCACUCUUAAUUUACUUCCCCCACCCAGAACCCAGAUGGGGUGGAGGGGCCACCGGGGCAGGGAGGGGGCGGCAAGGGGGGAAUGGGAGUUGCCUCCCCUUCUUCCCACACCUGAUCUGCUCUUGGCUGGUCCCAGAGCGGGGUGAGGGGGCUUAUGCCCCCCCCUCCCCCAGUGUGUUGGGUGGGGUGGAAUUGAGGUUCGGAUGAGGGGUUCGGGUUUAGGGGGCCAUGUGUGUUGGGUCGCGCAGGACAGACUAGCUGAUCUGCCUUCCCUGACACACAGCCCCCUUCCCUUCCCUCUUUUGUCUCUACUCCCAUGGGGAGGGGGGAACUUACUCUAGGAAAAGCCAUGUCUCUCUCCCCCAGGGUGGGGGACCUGUGUUGGAGGAUGGGUGUUUGGGGCCCCCUUCCAUGACUCUGUCCCCUGGGGGAGGUAGGACAGGGCUGGGCUUCCCUCUCACCCUCCCCCCUCACCCAGUCUCCCUCCCUCCCGCCAGCUCCACGAUUUUUCGGUGUUUCUCUGUACAUAGCUCUCUGGCGGGAUAGGGGAGGUAGGAUGGAUGGGGUUUGGGGUGGGUAGGCCAUGGAAGGGAGAAAUCCCUCCUGGGUACCCCUCUUUUCUGACUGCUGUCCCCUACCCAGCCUCGUCUCCUAACCCCUUCUUGCGUUUGGUAUUGAGAAUUCCUCCCAGACUCCAGACUCGACCUUUUGUAUGGACAGCUCUCCUUCAAUCUUACCCCUCUACACACAUCCACCCAGCCGGGGCCAAAUUUAUACUUAUAUAAAAGUUGUAAAUAUGUGAAAUUUUAUCCCGUCCCCUUUCCUCUGCUUACCCCACUUCAGACCCUACCCUCGUACCUCCUCCUCCUCCUCUUUGGCUGUUGUAAUUAUCUGGGGUUUGUACUGUACAUAACGGGCUGGGGGCUGGGAGGCGACCCCUCUGUACAGAGCUUCCUGGCUCCCUAGCCCCACCCCUCACUUCUCCCCCACCUACCACCUUAAGAGUAGGAAGACCUUCUUCUUAUUCAUUUUUGUUUGUUUACUCGUUCUCUUCACCGCCCCUACUCCCUGCCCCGCCCCCUUUCUCCCACUCCCAGCCCCAUUUCCUUUUUUUCUGGAGUGUGUGGUGAAACAGAAAAAUCAUGUUUAAUAAACGGAGAUUGUUCUUUUA